CAACUGCUGCUUUGGGCGCACGUUGAUGACGCCUGUGUUGCUCUGUGUGUAAACAUUUGACAGCUCCGGUGUCGCUUUAGCUAUUUGUAUUAGAUUUGAGCGUUAAAAGUGUAUAAUAAAAAUUAAUUUCUAUUUAAAUGAUUAAAAAAUAAUCGUUGGGAAGAUGCGGCUGAAUGAAGACACUUUACUGGAAGGCAGCAAUGUUGUGUUGGUUCCCUACAACACUGAACAUGUUCCCAGAUAUCACCAGUGGAUGACGUCAGAGGAGCUGCAGAAACUCACGGCGUCUGAACCUCUAACCCUGGACCAGGAAUAUGACAUGCAGAGAAGCUGGAGAGAGGAUGAUGAUAAGUGCACGUUCAUCGUCCUGGACAAACAGAGAUGGACAGAUCCAAGCUUCUCAGAGGAAGAGUGUAUGGUGGGAGACGUCAACCUUUUCCUGACUGACCCCAGUGACCCGUCACUGGCUGAGCUGGAGAUCAUGAUAGCAGAGCCCAGCUACAGAGGCAGAGGUUAUGGCAAAGAAGUGACAUGUAUGAUGAUGCAUUACGGCAUCAACAAACUCGGCAUCAAGAAAUACGAAGUGAAAAUCGGCUUGGAAAACCGGAUCAGUGUAGAGAUGUUCAGAAAGCUCCAGUUUCAAGAGCUAUCCGUCAGCGAGGUGUUUCAGGAAGUGACUCUUGGCCUGACUGUGAACGAGGCAUCAUGGGAAGAGCUGCUGGGCGGCACGGAUAUCGAGGGAAGAGAGUACAGGAAAACGCGGGACUCCAGGCACAGAGCUAAACAUUCAACAACCACCGGCGCCGACGGGAACUGAGAGGAAAGGGAAUUUUAAUAAGAUCCAAAGAUAUCGUCUGGAUUUAAGAAGCAAGUUUUCACCACUGACUCAGAUAUCACGGGGAUCCUGGAUGAAUCUACUGACUGUUUUCGAAAAAUGUUCAUCGCUUUUUCUUUUCAUCACGUGUAAAAUGACCGGUUCGUAUAAAAUAUAUACGAAACGCAAAAGUCACCUUCACUGUAUCCGUUCUCUACUGUACAUCACCACCUCUGCGUGCACACACACACACCCCCCAAGUGUUUUCAGAAAAAUAGGAGGCGUUAUUUUGUCCAGCAGAGGAACGAUUUCACAUUCAAGACAACUUCUCUUGGUCUAUCAGUGAAGAAAAAAAACAUCAAUCCUUACUUACCAAGAUGUCAUUUAAAUCCUGGAUCAUUCUCAGCACAGGUAAUGUGAGUGAAAGUAAAAUACUGUAAGUAAGAAAUUAAACGCUGUGCUGUUUUAGGAAAUAAAUCAGUGCUGUGGUAGUGUAUUGAAGCCCCGGUGAUGUUUUUUUUUAAUAUACAAAAGCAACGUUGUAUAAAACCUGGACUAACGUCAAAGAUACAGUUAUAGUAAAUGAAUCUACACCUUCCGACCAAUCAGAAUCAAGAAUUCAGCGACGCACUAGACGUAAAGAAACAGGAUGCAGAUUUGCAAUGCGAUGAAAUUUAUUUAUGCCGUUAAUCUUCCAAAAUCAUCAGAGUAACAAUUAAAAUAACUUUUUAUUAUUAUUAUUAUUAUUAUUACAAAUGUAUACAAAUCCAUACUCGUAGUACAUACACAGUGCCGAGGAAGACGGCCAGGUGAAACCCUGCUUCCUGAUGCUCACGUAUAUAACGGUAGAUGUGUCCUGGGUGAGGAAAUAAACUUGAAUGACAUAA